AUGUUUCUCUCUCCCAUGUGCGUUCUUCCUUUCCCCGUUCCAUGCUUCUCUCUCCCAUGUGCGUUCUUCCUUUCCCCGUUCCAUGUUUCUCUCUCCCAUGUCCGUUCUUCCUUUCCCCGUUCCAUGCUUCUCUCUCCCAUGUGCGUUCUUCCUUUCCCCGUUCCAUGCUUCUCUCUCCCAUGUGCGUUCUUCCUUUCCCCGUUCCAUGCUUCUCUCUCCCAUGUGCGUUCUUCCUUUCCCCGUUCCAUGCUUCUCUCUCCCAUGUGCGUUCUUCCUUUCCCCGUUCCAUGCUUCUCUCUCCCAUGUGCGUUCUUCCUAUCCCCGUUCCAUGCUUCUCUCUCCCAUGUGCGUUCUUCCUUUCCCCGUUCCAUGCUUCUCUCUCCCAUGUCCGUUCUUCCUUUCCCCGUUCCAUGCUUCUCUCUCCCAUGUGCGUUCUUCCUUUCCCCGUUCCAUGCUUCUCUCUCCCAUGUGCGUUCUUCCUUUCCCCGUUCCAUGCUUCUCUCUCCCAUGUGCGUUCUUCCUUUCCCCGUUUCAUGCUUCUCUCUCGCAUGUGCGUUCUUCCUUUCCCCGUUCCAUGCUUCUCUCUCCCAUGUGCGUUCUUCCUUUCCCCGUUCCAUGCUUCUCUCUCCCAUGUCCGUUCUUCCUUUCCCCGUUCCAUGCUUCUCUCUCCCAUGUGCGUUCUUCCUUUCCCCGUUCCAUGCUUCUCUCUCCCAUGUCCUUUCCCCGUUCCAUGCUUCUCUCUCCCAUGUGCGUUCUUCCUUUCCCCGUUCCAUGCUUCUCUCUCCCAUGUCCGUUCCAUGCUUCUCUCUCCCAUGUGCGUUCUUCCUUUCCCCGUUCCAUGCUUCUCUCUCCCAUGUCCGUUCCAUGCUUCUCUCUCCCAUGUGCGUUCUUCCUUUCCCCGUUCCAUGCUUCUCUCUCCCAUGUGCGUUCUUCCUUUCCCCGUUCCAUGCUUCUCUCUCCCAUGUCCGUUCUUCCUUUCCCCGCUCCAUGCUUCUCUCUCCCAUGUGCGUUCUUCCUUUCCCCGUUCCAUGCUUCUCUCUCCCAUGUGCGUUCUUCCUUUCCCCGUUCCAUGCUUCUCUCUCCCAUGUGCGUUCUUCCUUUCCCCGUUCCAUGCUUCUCUCUCCCAUGUGCGUUCUUCCUUUCCCCGUUCCAUGCUUCUCUCUCCCAUGUGCGUUCUUCCUUUCCCCGUUCCAUGCUUCUCUCUCCCAUGUGCGUUCUUCCUUUCCCCGUUCCAUGCUUCUCUCUCCCAUGUGCGUUCUUCCUUUCCCCGUUCCAUGCUUCUCUCUCCCAUGUCCAUUCUUCCUUUCCCCGUUCCAUGUUUCUCUCUCCCAUGUGCGUUCUUCCUUUCCCCGUUCCAUGCUUCUCUCUCCCAUGUGCGUUCUUCCUUUCCCCGUUCCAUGCUUCUCUCUCCCAUGUGCGUUCUUCCUUUCCCCGUUCCAUGUUUCUCUCUCCCAUGUGCGUUCUUCCUUUCCCCGUUCCGUGCUUCUCUCUCCCAUGUGCGUUCUUCCUUUCCCCGUUCCGUGCUUCUCUCUCCCAUGUGCGUUCUUCCUUUCCCCGUUCUAUGCUUCUCUCUCCCAUGUCCGUUCUUCCUUUCCCCGUUCCGUGCUUCUCUCUCCCAUGUCCGUUCUUCCUUUCCCCGUUCCGUGCUUCUCUCUCCCAUGUCCGUUCUUCCUUUCCCCGUUCCAUGCUUCUCUCUCCCAUGUCCGUUCUUCCUUUCCCCGUUCCAUGCUUCUCUCUCCCAUGUGCGUUCUUCCUUUCCCCGUUCCAUGCUUCUCUCUCCCAUGUGCGUUCUUCCUUUCCCCGUUCCAUGCUUCUCUCUCCCAUGUGCGUUCUUCCUUUCCCCGUUCCAUGCUUCUCUCUCCCAUGUGCGUUCUUCCUUUCCCCGUUCCAUGCUUCUCUCUCCCAUGUGCGUUCUUCCUUUCCCCGUUCCAUGCUUCUCUCUCCCAUGUGCGUUCUUCCUUUCCCCGUUCCAUGCUUCUCUCUCCCAUGUGCGUUCUUCCUUUCCCCGUUCCAUGCUUCUCUCUCCCAUGUCCUUUCCCCGUUCCAUGCUUCUCUCUCCCAUGUGCGUUCUUCCUUUCCCCGUUCCAUGCUUCUCUCUCCCAUGUCCGUUCCAUGCUUCUCUCUCCCAUGUGCGUUCUUCCUUUCCCCGUUCCAUGCUUCUCUCUCCCAUGUCCGUUCCAUGCUUCUCUCUCCCAUGUGCGUUCUUCCUUUCCCCGUUCCAUGCUUCUCUCUCCCAUGUGCGUUCUUCCUUUCCCCGUUCCAUGCUUCUCUCUCCCAUGUCCGUUCUUCCUCUCCCCGUUCCAUGCUUCUCUCUCCCAUGUGCGUUCUUCCUUUCCCCGUUCCAUGCUUCUCUCUCCCAUGUGCGUUCUUCCUUUCCCCGUUCCAUGCUUCUCUCUCCCAUGUGCGUUCUUCCUUUCCCCGUUCCAUGCUUCUCUCUCCCAUGUGCGUUCUUCCUUUCCCCGUUCCAUGCUUCUCUCUCCCAUGUGCGUUCUUCCUUUCCCCGUUCCAUGCUUCUCUCUCCCAUGUGCGUUCUUCCUUUCCCCGUUCCAUGCUUCUCUCUCCCAUGUGCGUUCUUCCUUUCCCCGUUCCAUGCUUCUCUCUCCCAUGUCCGUUCUUCCUUUCCCCGUUCCAUGUUUCUCUCUCCCAUGUGCGUUCUUCCUUUCCCCGUUCCAUGCUUCUCUCUCCCAUGUGCGUUCUUCCUUUCCCCGUUCCAUGCUUCUCUCUCCCAUGUGCGUUCUUCCUUUCCCCGUUCCAUGUUUCUCUCUCCCAUGUCCGUUCUUCCUUUCCCCGUUCCAUGCUUCUCUCUCCCAUGUGCGUUCUUCCUUUCCCCGUUCCAUGCUUCUCUCUCCCAUGUGCGUUCUUCCUUUCCCCGUUCUAUGCUUCUCUCUCCCAUGUCCGUUCUUCCUUUCCCCGUUCCGUGCUUCUCUCUCCCAUGUCCGUUCUUCCUUUCCCCGUUCCAUGCUUCUCUCUCCCAUGUCCGUUCUUCCUUUCCCCGUUCCAUGCUUCUCUCUCCCAUGUCCGUUCUUCCUUUCCCCGUUCCAUGCUUCUCUCUCCCAUGUGCGUUCUUCCUUUCCCCGUUCCAUGCUUCUCUCUCCCAUGUGCGUUCUUCCUUUCCCCGUUCCAUGCUUCUCUCUCCCAUGUGCGUUCUUCCUUUCCCCGUUCCAUGCUUCUCUCUCCCAUGUGCGUUCUUCCUUUCCCCGUUCCGUGCUUCUCUCUCCCAUGUCCGUUCUUCCUUUCCCCGUUCCGUGCUUCUCUCUCCCAUGUCCGUUCUUCCUUUCCCCGUUCCAUGCUUCUCUCUCCCAUGUCCGUUCUUCCUUUCCCCGUUCCAUGCUUCUCUCUCCCAUGUGCGUUCUUCCUUUCCCCGUUCCAUGCUUCUCUCUCCCAUGUGCGUUCUUCCUUUCCCCGUUCCAUGCUUCUCUCUCCCAUGUGCGUUCUUCCUUUCCCCGUUCCAUGCUUCUCUCUCCCAUGUGCGUUCUUCCUUUCCCCGUUCCAUGCUUCUCUCUCCCAUGUGCGUUCUUCCUUUCCCCGUUCCAUGCUUCUCUCUCCCAUGUCCUUUCCCCGUUCCAUGCUUCUCUCUCCCAUGUGCGUUCUUCCUUUCCCCGUUCCAUGCUUCUCUCUCCCAUGUCCGUUCCAUGCUUCUCUCUCCCAUGUGCGUUCUUCCUUUCCCCGUUCCAUGCUUCUCUCUCCCAUGUCCGUUCCAUGCUUCUCUCUCCCAUGUGCGUUCUUCCUUUCCCCGUUCCAUGCUUCUCUCUCCCAUGUCCGCACAUUCAAGCCUAUUGUGACUAUAACAUCUCUCUCCCAUGUGCGUUCUUCCUUUCCCCGUUCCAUGCUUCUCUCUCCCAUGUGCGUUCUUCCUUUCCCCGUUCCAUGCUUCUCUCUCCCAUGUCCGUUCUUCCUCUCCCCGUUCCAUGCUUCUCUCUCCCAUGUGCGUUCUUCCUUUCCCCGUUCCAUGCUUCUCUCUCCCAUGUGCGUUCUUCCUUUCCCCGUUCCAUGCUUCUCUCUCCCAUGUGCGUUCUUCCUUUCCCCGUUCCAUGCUUCUCUCUCCCAUGUGCGUUCUUCCUUUCCCCGUUCCAUGCUUCUCUCUCCCAUGUGCGUUCUUCCUUUCCCCGUUCCAUGCUUCUCUCUCCCAUGUGCGUUCUUCCUUUCCCCGUUCCAUGCUUCUCUCUCCCAUGUGCGUUCUUCCUUUCCCCGUUCCAUGCUUCUCUCUCCCAUGUCCGUUCUUCCUUUCCCCGUUCCAUGUUUCUCUCUCCCAUGUGCGUUCUUCCUUUCCCCGUUCCAUGCUUCUCUCUCCCAUGUGCGUUCUUCCUUUCCCCGUUCCAUGCUUCUCUCUCCCAUGUGCGUUCUUCCUUUCCCCGUUCCAUGUUUCUCUCUCCCAUGUCCGUUCUUCCUUUCCCCGUUCCAUGCUUCUCUCUCCCAUGUGCGUUCUUCCUUUCCCCGUUCCAUGCUUCUCUCUCCCGUGUGCGUUCUUCCUUUCCCCGUUCUAUGCUUCUCUCUCCCAUGUCCGUUCUUCCUUUCCCCGUUCCGUGCUUCUCUCUCCCAUGUCCGUUCUUCCUUUCCCCGUUCCAUGCUUCUCUCUCCCAUGUCCGUUCUUCCUUUCCCCGUUCCAUGCUUCUCUCUCCCAUGUCCGUUCUUCCUUUCCCCGUUCCAUGCUUCUCUCUCCCAUGUGCGUUCUUCCUUUCCCCGUUCCAUGCUUCUCUCUCCCAUGUGCGUUCUUCCUUUCCCCGUUCCAUGCUUCUCUCUCCCAUGUGCGUUCUUCCUUUCCCCGUUCCAUGCUUCUCUCUCCCAUGUGCGUUCUUCCUUUCCCCGUUCCAUGCUUCUCUCUCCCAUGUGCGUUCUUCCUUUCCCCGUUCCAUGCUUCUCUCUCCCAUGUGCGUUCUUCCUUUCCCCGUUCCAUGCUUCUCUCUCCCAUGUCCGUUCUUCCUUUCCCCGUUCCAUGCUUCUCUCUCCCAUGUGCGUUCUUCCUUUCCCCGUUCCAUGCUUCUCUCUCCCAUGUGCGUUCUUCCUUUCCCCGUUCCAUGCUUCUCUCUCCCAUGUGCGUUCUUCCUUUCCCCGUUCCAUGCUUCUCUCUCCCAUGUGCGUUCUUCCUUUCCCCGUUCCAUGCUUCUCUCUCCCAUGUGCGUUCUUCCUUUCCCCGUUCCAUGCUUCUCUCUCCCAUGUCCGUUCUUCCUUUCCCCGUUCCAUGCUUCUCUCUCCCAUGUGCGUUCUUCCUUUCCCCGUUCCAUGCUUCUCUCUCCCAUGUCCUUUCCCCGUUCCAUGCUUCUCUCUCCCAUGUGCGUUCUUCCUUUCCCCGUUCCAUGCUUCUCUCUCCCAUGUCCGUUCCAUGCUUCUCUCUCCCAUGUGCGUUCUUCCUUUCCCCGUUCCAUGCUUCUCUCUCCCAUGUCCGUUCCAUGCUUCUCUCUCCCAUGUGCGUUCUUCCUUUCCCCGUUCCAUGCUUCUCUCUCCCAUGUGCGUUCUUCCUUUCCCCGUUCCAUGCUUCUCUCUCCCAUGUCCGUUCUUCCUUUCCCCGUUCCAUGCUUCUCUCUCCCAUGUCCGUUCUUCCUUUCCCCGUUCCAUGCUUCUCUCUCCCAUGUCCGUUCUUCCUUUCCCCGUUCCAUGCUUCUCUCUCCCAUGUGCGUUCUUCCUUUCCCCGUUCCAUGCUUCUCUCUCCCAUGUGCGUUCUUCCUUUCCCCGUUCCAUGCUUCUCUCUCCCAUGUGCGUUCUUCCUUUCCCCGUUCCAUGCUUCUCUCUCCCAUGUGCGUUCUUCCUUUCCCCGUUCCAUGCUUCUCUCUCCCAUGUGCGUUCUUCCUUUCCCCGUUCCAUGCUUCUCUCUCCCAUGUGCGUUCUUCCUUUCCCCGUUCCAUGCUUCUCUCUCCCAUGUGCGUUCUUCCUUUCCCCGUUCCAUGCUUCUCUCUCCCAUGUGCGUUCUUCCUUUCCCCGUUCCAUGCUUCUCUCUCCCAUGUGCGUUCUUCCUUUCCCCGUUCCAUGCUUCUCUCUCCCAUGUGCGUUCUUCCUUUCCCCGUUCCAUGCUUCUCUCUCCCAUGUGCGUUCUUCCUUUCCCCGUUCCAUGCUUCUCUCUCCCAUGUGCGUUCUUCCUUUCCCCGUUCCAUGCUUCUCUCUCCCAUGUCCGUUCUUCCUUUCCCCGUUCCAUUCUUCUCUCUCCCAUGUGCGUUCUCCCUUACCCCGUUCUAUGCUUCUCUCUCUCUCUCUCUCCCAUGUGCGUUCUUCCUUUCCCCGUUCCAUGCUUCUCUCUCCCAUGUCCGUUCUUCCUGUCCCCGUUCCAUGCUUCUCUCUCCCAUGUCCGUUCUUCCUUUCCCCGUUCCAUGCUUCUCUCUCCCAUUUCCGUUCUCCUUACCCCGUUCCAUGCUUCUCUCUCCCAUGUGCGUUCUCCCUUACCCCGUUCUAUGCUUCUCUCUCUCUCUCUCUCCCAUGUGCGUUCUUCCUUUCCCCGUUCCAUGCUUCUCUCUCCCAUGUCCGUUCUUCCUUUCCCCGUUCCAUGCUUCUCUCUCCCAUGUCCGUUCUUCCUUUCCCCGUUCCAUGCUUCUCUCUCCCAUGUGCGUUCUUCCUUUCCCCGUUCCAUGCUUCUCUCUCCCAUGUGCGUUCUUCCUUUCCCCGUUCCAUGCUUCUCUCUCCCAUGUCCGUUCUUCCUUUCCCCGUUCCAUGCUUCUCUCUCCCAUGUGCGUUCUUCCUUUCCCCGUUCCAUGCUUCUCUCUCCCAUGUGCGUUCUUCCUUUCCCCGUUCCAUGCUUCUCUCUCCCAUGUGCGUUCUUCCUUUCCCCGUUCCAUGCUUCUCUCUCCCAUGUCCGUUCUUCCUUUCCCCGUUCCAUGCUUCUCUCUCCCAUGUGCGUUCUUCCUUUCCCCGUUCCAUGCUUCUCUCUCCCAUGUGCGUUCUUCCUUUCCCCGUUCCAUGCUUCUCUCUCCCAUGUGCGUUCUUCCUUUCCCCGUUCCAUGCUUCUCUCUCCCAUGUCCGUUCUUCCUUUCCCCGUUCCAUGCUUCUCUCUCCCAUGUCCGUUCUUCCUUUCCCCGUUCCAUGCUUCUCUCUCCCAUGUGCGUUCUUCCUUUCCCCGUUCCAUGCUUCUCUCUCCCAUGUCCGUUCUUCCUUUCCCCGUUCCAUGCUUCUCUCUCCCAUGUCCGUUCUUCCUUUCCCCGUUCCAUGCUUCUCUCUCCCAUGUCCGUUCUUCCUUUCCCCGUUCCAUGCUUCUCUCUCCCAUGUGCGUUCUUCCUUUCCCCGUUCCAUGCUUCUCUCUCCCAUGUGCGUUCUUCCUUUCCCCGUUCCAUGCUUCUCUCUCCCAUGUGCGUUCUUCCUUUCCCCGUUCCAUGCUUCUCUCUCCCAUGUGCGUUCUUCCUUUCCCCGUUCCAUGCUUCUCUCUCCCAUGUGCGUUCUUCCUUUCCCCGUUCCAUGCUUCUCUCUCCCAUGUGCGUUCUUCCUUUCCCCGUUCCAUGCUUCUCUCUCCCAUGUGCGUUCUUCCUUUCCCCGUUCCAUGCUUCUCUCUCCCAUGUGCGUUCUUCCUUUCCCCGUUCCAUGCUUCUCUCUCCCAUGUGCGUUCUUCCUUUCCCCGUUCCAUGCUUCUCUCUCCCAUGUGCGUUCUUCCUUUCCCCGUUCCAUGCUUCUCUCUCCCAUGUGCGUUCUUCCUUUCCCCGUUCCAUGCUUCUCUCUCCCAUGUGCGUUCUUCCUUUCCCCGUUCCAUGCUUCUCUCUCCCAUGUGCGUUCUUCCUUUCCCCGUUCCAUGCUUCUCUCUCCCAUGUGCGUUCUUCCUUUCCCCGUUCCAUGCUUCUCUCUCCCAUGUGCGUUCUUCCUUUCCCCGUUCCAUGCUUCUCUCUCCCAUGUGCGUUCUUCCUUUCCCCGUUCCAUGCUUCUCUCUCCCAUGUGCGUUCUUCCUUUCCCCGUUCCAUGCUUCUCUCUCCCAUGUGCGUUCUUCCUUUCCCCGUUCCAUGCUUCUCUCUCCCAUGUGCGUUCUUCCUUUCCCCGUUCCAUGCUUCUCUCUCCCAUGUGCGUUCUUCCUUUCCCCGUUCCAUGCUUCUCUCUCCCAUGUGCGUUCUUCCUUUCCCCGUUCCAUGCUUCUCUCUCCCAUGUGCGUUCUUCCUUUCCCCGUUCCGUGCUUCUCUCUCCCAUGUGCGUUCUUCCUUUCCCCGUUCCGUUCUCUCUCCCAUGUGCGUUCUUCCUUUCCCCGUUCCGUGCUUCUCUCUCCCAUGUGCGUUCUUCCUUUCCCCGUUCCGUGCUUCUCUCUCCCAUGUCCGUUCUUCCUUUCCCCGUUCCGUGCUUCUCUCUCCCAUGUGCGUUCUUCCUUUCCCCGUUCCAUGCUUCUCUCUCCCAUGUGCGUUCUUCCUUUCCCCGUUCCAUGCUUCUCUCUCCCAUGUGCGUUCUUCCUUUCCCCGUUCCAUGCUUCUCUCUCCCAUGUGCGUUCUUCCUUUCCCCGUUCCAUGCUUCUCUCUCCCAUGUGCGUUCUUCCUUUCCCCGUUCCAUGCUUCUCUCUCCCAUGUGCGUUCUUCCUUUCCCCGUUCCAUGCUUCUCUCUCCCAUGUGCGUUCUUCCUUUCCCCGUUCCAUGCUUCUCUCUCCCAUGUGCGUUCUUCCUUUCCCCGUUCCAUGCUUCUCUCUCCCAUGUGCGUUCUUCCUUUCCCCGUUCCAUGCUUCUCUCUCCCAUGUGCGUUCUUCCUUUCCCCGUUCCAUGCUUCUCUCUCCCAUGUGCGUUCUUCCUUUCCCCGUUCCAUGCUUCUCUCUCCCAUGUGCGUUCUUCCUUUCCCCGUUCCAUGCUUCUCUCUCCCAUGUGCGUUCUUCCUUUCCCCGUUCCAUGCUUCUCUCUCCCAUGUGCGUUCUUCCUUUCCCCGUUCCAUGCUUCUCUCUCCCAUGUGCGUUCUUCCUUUCCCCGUUCCAUGCUUCUCUCUCCCAUGUGCGUUCUUCCUUUCCCCGUUCCAUGCUUCUCUCUCCCAUGUGCGUUCUUCCUUUCCCCGUUCCAUGCUUCUCUCUCCCAUGUGCGUUCUUCCUUUCCCCGUUCCAUGCUUCUCUCUCCCAUGUGCGUUCUUCCUUUCCCCGUUCCAUGCUUCUCUCUCCCAUGUGCGUUCUUCCUUUCCCCGUUCCAUGCUUCUCUCUCCCAUGUGCGUUCUUCCUUUCCCCGUUCCAUGCUUCUCUCUCCCAUGUGCGUUCUUCCUUUCCCCGUUCCAUGCUUCUCUCUCCCAUGUGCGUUCUUCCUUUCCCCGUUCCAUGCUUCUCUCUCCCAUGUGCGUUCUUCCUUUCCCCGUUCCAUGCUUCUCUCUCCCAUGUGCGUUCUUCCUUUCCCCGUUCCAUGCUUCUCUCUCCCAUGUGCGUUCUUCCUUUCCCCGUUCCAUGCUUCUCUCUCCCAUGUGCGUUCUUCCUUUCCCCGUUCCAUGCUUCUCUCUCCCAUGUGCGUUCUUCCUUUCCCCGUUCCAUGCUUCUCUCUCCCAUGUGCGUUCUUCCUUUCCCCGUUCCAUGCUUCUCUCUCCCAUGUGCGUUCUUCCUUUCCCCGUUCCAUGCUUCUCUCUCCCAUGUGCGUUCUUCCUUUCCCCGUUCCAUGCUUCUCUCUCCCAUGUGCGUUCUUCCUUUCCCCGUUCCAUGCUUCUCUCUCCCAUGUGCGUUCUUCCUUUCCCCGUUCCAUGCUUCUCUCUCCCAUGUGCGUUCUUCCUUUCCCCGUUCCAUGCUUCUCUCUCCCAUGUGCGUUCUUCCUUUCCCCGUUCCAUGCUUCUCUCUCCCAUGUGCGUUCUUCCUUUCCCCGUUCCAUGCUUCUCUCUCCCAUGUGCGUUCUUCCUUUCCCCGUUCCAUGCUUCUCUCUCCCAUGUGCGUUCUUCCUUUCCCCGUUCCAUGCUUCUCUCUCCCAUGUGCGUUCUUCCUUUCCCCGUUCCAUGCUUCUCUCUCCCAUGUCCGUUCUUCCUUUCCCCGUUCCAUGCUUCUCUCUCCCAUGUGCGUUCUUCCUUUCCCCGUUCCAUGCUUCUCUCUCCCAUGUGCGUUCUUCCUUUCCCCGUUCCAUGCUUCUCUCUCCCAUGUCCGUUCUUCCUUUCCCCGUUCCAUGCUUCUCUCUCCCAUGUCCGUUCUUCCUUUCUCCGUUCCAUGCUUCUCUCUCCCAUGUCCGUUCUUCCUUUCCCCGUUCCAUGCUUCUCUCUCCCAUGUCCGUUCUUCCUUUCCCCGUUCCAUGCUUCUCUCUCCCAUGUGCGUUCUUCCUUUCCCCGUUCCAUGCUUCUCUCUCCCAUGUGCGUUCUUCCUUUCCCCGUUCCAUGCUUCUCUCUCCCAUGUCCGUUCUUCCUUUCCCCGUUCCAUGCUUCUCUCUCCCAUGUGCGUUCUUCCUUUCCCCGUUCCAUGCUUCUCUCUCCCAUGUGCGUUCUUCCUUUCCCCGUUCCAUGCUUCUCUCUCCCAUGUCCGUUCUUCCUUUCUCCGUUCCAUGCUUCUCUCUCCCAUGUCCGUUCUUCCUUUCCCCGUUCCAUGCUUCUCUCUCCCAUGUCCGUUCUUCCUUUCCCCGUUCCAUGCUUCUCUCUCCCAUGUCCGUUCUUCCUUUCCCCGUUCCAUGCUUCUCUCUCCCAUGUCCGUUCUUCCUUUCCCCGUUCCAUGCUUCUCUCUCCCAUGUCCGUUCUUCCUUUCCCCGUUCCAUGCUUCUCUCUCCCAUGUCCGUUCUUCCUUUCCCCGUUCCAUGCUUCUCUCUCCCAUGUCCGUUCUUCCUUUCCCCGUUCCAUGCUUCUCUCUCCCAUGUCCGUUCUUCCUUUCCCCGUUCCAUGCUUCUCUCUCCCAUGUCCGUUCUUCCUUUCCCCGUUCCAUGCUUCUCUCUCCCAUGUCCGUUCUUCCUUUCCCCGUUCCAUGCUUCUCUCUCCCAUGUCCGUUCUUCCUUUCCCCGUUCCAUGCUUCUCUCUCCCAUGUCCGUUCUUCCUUUCCCCGUUCCAUGCUUCUCUCUCCCAUGUCCGUUCUUCCUUUCCCCGUUCCAUGCUUCUCUCUCCCAUGUCCGUUCUUCCUUUCCCCGUUCCAUGCUUCUCUCUCCCAUGUCCGUUCUUCCUUUCCCCGUUCCAUGCUUCUCUCUCCCAUGUCCGUUCUUCCUUUCCCCGUUCCAUGCUUCUCUCUCCCAUGUCCGUUCUUCCUUUCCCCGUUCCAUGCUUCUCUCUCCCAUGUGCGUUCUUCCUUUCCCCGUUCCAUGCUUCUCUCUCCCAUGUGCGUUCUUCCUUUCCCCGUUCCAUGCUUCUCUCUCCCAUGUGCGUUCUUCCUUUCCCCGUUCCAUGCUUCUCUCUCCCAUGUCCGUUCUUCCUUUCCCCGUUCCAUGCUUCUCUCUCCCAUGUCCGUUCUUCCUUUCCCCGUUCCAUGCUUCUCUCUCCCAUGUGCGUUCUUCCUUUCCCCGUUCCAUGCUUCUCUCUCCCAUGUCCGUUCUUCCUUUCCCCGUUCCAUGCUUCUCUCUCCCAUGUCCGUUCUUCCUUUCCCCGUUCCAUGCUUCUCUCUCCCAUGUCCGUUCUUCCUUUCCCCGUUCCAUGCUUCUCUCUCCCAUGUCCGUUCUUCCUUUCCCCGUUCCAUGCUUCUCUCUCCCAUGUGCGUUCUUCCUUUCCCCGUUCCAUGCUUCUCUCUCCCAUGUCCGUUCUUCCUUUCCCCGUUCCAUGCUUCUCUCUCCCAUGUGCGUUCUUCCUUUCCCCGUUCCAUGCUUCUCUCUCCCAUGUGCGUUCUUCCUUUCCCCGUUCCAUGCUUCUCUCUCCCAUGUGCGUUCUUCCUUUCCCCGUUCCAUGCUUCUCUCUCCCAUGUGCGUUCUUCCUUUCCCCGUUCCAUGCUUCUCUCUCCCAUGUGCGUUCUUCCUUUCCCCGUUCCAUGCUUCUCUCUCCCAUGUCCGUUCUUCCUUUCCCCGUUCCAUGCUUCUCUCUCCCAUGUCCGUUCUUCCUUUCCCCGUUCCAUGCUUCUCUCUCCCAUGUGCGUUCUUCCUUUCCCCGUUCCAUGCUUCUCUCUCCCAUGUCCGUUCUUCCUUUCCCCGUUCCAUGCUUCUCUCUCCCAUGUCCGUUCUUCCUUUCCCCGUUCCAUGCUUCUCUCUCCCAUGUCCGUUCUUCCUUUCCCCGUUCCAUGCUUCUCUCUCCCAUGUGCGUUCUUCCUUUCCCCGUUCCAUGCUUCUCUCUCCCAUGUCCGUUCUUCCUUUCCCCGUUCCAUGCUUCUCUCUCCCAUGUGCGUUCUUCCUUUCCCCGUUCCAUGCUUCUCUCUCCCAUGUGCGUUCUUCCUUUCCCCGUUCCAUGCUUCUCUCUCCCAUGUGCGUUCUUCCUUUCCCCGUUCCAUGCUUCUCUCUCCCAUGUCCGUUCUUCCUUUCCCCGUUCCAUGCUUCUCUCUCCCAUGUCCGUUCUUCCUUUCCCCGUUCCAUGCUUCUCUCUCCCAUGUCCGUUCUUCCUUUCCCCGUUCCAUGCUUCUCUCUCCCAUGUCCGUUCUUCCUUUCCCCGUUCCAUGCUUCUCUCUCCCAUGUCCGUUCUUCCUUUCCCCGUUCCAUGCUUCUCUCUCCCAUGUCCGUUCUUCCUUUCCCCGUUCCAUGCUUCUCUCUCCCAUGUCCGUUCUUCCUUUCCCCGUUCCAUGCUUCUCUCUCCCAUGUCCGUUCUUCCUUUCCCCGUUCCAUGCUUCUCUCUCCCAUGUCCGUUCUUCCUUUCCCCGUUCCAUGCUUCUCUCUCCCAUGUCCGUUCUUCCUUUCCCCGUUCCAUGCUUCUCUCUCCCAUGUCCGUUCUUCCUUUCCCCGUUCCAUGCUUCUCUCUCCCAUGUCCGUUCUUCCUUUCCCCGUUCCAUGCUUCUCUCUCCCAUGUCCGUUCUUCCUUUCCCCGUUCCAUGCUUCUCUCUCCCAUGUCCGUUCUUCCUUUCCCCGUUCCAUGCUUCUCUCUCCCAUGUCCGUUCUUCCUUUCCCCGUUCCAUGCUUCUCUCUCCCAUGUGCGUUCUUCCUUUCCCCGUUCCAUGCUUCUCUCUCCCAUGUGCGUUCUUCCUUUCCCCGUUCCAUGCUUCUCUCUCCCAUGUCCGUUCUUCCUUUCCCCGUUCCAUGCUUCUCUCUCCCAUGUCCGUUCUUCCUUUCCCCGUUCCAUGCUUCUCUCUCCCAUGUCCGUUCUUCCUUUCCCCGUUCCAUGCUUCUCUCUCCCAUGUCCGUUCUUCCUUUCCCCGUUCCAUGCUUCUCUCUCCCAUGUCCGUUCUUCCUUUCCCCGUUCCAUGCUUCUCUCUCCCAUGUCCGUUCUUCCUUUCCCCGUUCCAUGCUUCUCUCUCCCAUGUCCGUUCUUCCUUUCCCCGUUCCAUGCUUCUCUCUCCCAUGUCCGUUCUUCCUUUCCCCGUUCCAUGCUUCUCUCUCCCAUGUCCGUUCUUCCUUUCCCCGUUCCAUGCUUCUCUCUCCCAUGUCCGUUCUUCCUUUCCCCGUUCCAUGCUUCUCUCUCCCAUGUCCGUUCUUCCUUUCCCCGUUCCAUGCUUCUCUCUCCCAUGUCCGUUCUUCCUUUCCCCGUUCCAUGCUUCUCUCUCCCAUGUCCGUUCUUCCUUUCCCCGUUCCAUGCUUCUCUCUCCCAUGUCCGUUCUUCCUUUCCCCGUUCCAUGCUUCUCUCUCCCAUGUCCGUUCUUCCUUUCCCCGUUCCAUGCUUCUCUCUCCCAUGUCCGUUCUUCCUUUCCCCGUUCCAUGCUUCUCUCUCCCAUGUGCGUUCUUCCUUUCCCCGUUCCAUGCUUCUCUCUCCCAUGUGCGUUCUUCCUUUCCCCGUUCCAUGCUUCUCUCUCCCAUGUCCGUUCUUCCUUUCCCCGUUCCAUGCUUCUCUCUCCCAUGUCCGUUCUUCCUUUCCCCGUUCCAUGCUUCUCUCUCCCAUGUCCGUUCUUCCUUUCCCCGUUCCAUGCUUCUCUCUCCCAUGUCCGUUCUUCCUUUCCCCGUUCCAUGCUUCUCUCUCCCAUGUCCGUUCUUCCUUUCCCCGUUCCAUGCUUCUCUCUCCCAUGUCCGUUCUUCCUUUCCCCGUUCCAUGCUUCUCUCUCCCAUGUCCGUUCUUCCUUUCCCCGUUCCAUGCUUCUCUCUCCCAUGUCCGUUCUUCCUUUCCCCGUUCCAUGCUUCUCUCUCCCAUGUCCGUUCUUCCUUUCCCCGUUCCAUGCUUCUCUCUCCCAUGUCCGUUCUUCCUUUCCCCGUUCCAUGCUUCUCUCUCCCAUGUCCGUUCUUCCUUUCCCCGUUCCAUGCUUCUCUCUCCCAUGUCCGUUCUUCCUUUCCCCGUUCCAUGCUUCUCUCUCCCAUGUCCGUUCUUCCUUUCCCCGUUCCAUGCUUCUCUCUCCCAUGUCCGUUCUUCCUUUCCCCGUUCCAUGCUUCUCUCUCCCAUGUCCGUUCUUCCUUUCCCCGUUCCAUGCUUCUCUCUCCCAUGUCCGUUCUUCCUUUCCCCGUUCCAUGCUUCUCUCUCCCAUGUCCGUUCUUCCUUUCCCCGUUCCAUGCUUCUCUCUCCCAUGUGCGUUCUUCCUUUCCCCGUUCCAUGCUUCUCUCUCCCAUGUGCGUUCUUCCUUUCCCCGUUCCAUGCUUCUCUCUCCCAUGUCCGUUCUUCCUUUCCCCGUUCCAUGCUUCUCUCUCCCAUGUCCGUUCUUCCUUUCCCCGUUCCAUGCUUCUCUCUCCCAUGUCCGUUCUUCCUUUCCCCGUUCCAUGCUUCUCUCUCCCAUGUCCGUUCUUCCUUUCCCCGUUCCAUGCUUCUCUCUCCCAUGUGCGUUCUUCCUUUCCCCGUUCCAUGCUUCUCUCUCCCAUGUCCGUUCUUCCUUUCCCCGUUCCAUGCUUCUCUCUCCCAUGUCCGUUCUUCCUUUCCCCGUUCCAUGCUUCUCUCUCCCAUGUCCGUUCUUCCUUUCCCCGUUCCAUGCUUCUCUCUCCCAUGUCCGUUCUUCCUUUCCCCGUUCCAUGCUUCUCUCUCCCAUGUCCGUUCUUCCUUUCCCCGUUCCAUGCUUCUCUCUCCCAUGUCCGUUCUUCCUUUCCCCGUUCCAUGCUUCUCUCUCCCAUGUCCGUUCUUCCUUUCCCCGUUCCAUGCUUCUCUCUCCCAUGUCCGUUCUUCCUUUCCCCGUUCCAUGCUUCUCUCUCCCAUGUCCGUUCUUCCUUUCCCCGUUCCAUGCUUCUCUCUCCCAUGUCCGUUCUUCCUUUCCCCGUUCCAUGCUUCUCUCUCCCAUGUCCGUUCUUCCUUUCCCCGUUCCAUGCUUCUCUCUCCCAUGUCCGUUCUUCCUUUCCCCGUUCCAUGCUUCUCUCUCCCAUGUCCGUUCUUCCUUUCCCCGUUCCAUGCUUCUCUCUCCCAUGUCCGUUCUUCCUUUCCCCGUUCCAUGCUUCUCUCUCCCAUGUCCGUUCUUCCUUUCCCCGUUCCAUGCUUCUCUCUCCCAUGUCCGUUCUUCCUUUCCCCGUUCCAUGCUUCUCUCUCCCAUGUCCGUUCUUCCUUUCCCCGUUCCAUGCUUCUCUCUCCCAUGUCCGUUCUUCCUUUCCCCGUUCCAUGCUUCUCUCUCCCAUGUCCGUUCUUCCUUUCCCCGUUCCAUGCUUCUCUCUCCCAUGUCCGUUCUUCCUUUCCCCGUUCCAUGCUUCUCUCUCCCAUGUCCGUUCUUCCUUUCCCCGUUCCAUGCUUCUCUCUCCCAUGUCCGUUCUUCCUUUCCCCGUUCCAUGCUUCUCUCUCCCAUGUCCGUUCUUCCUUUCCCCGUUCCAUGCUUCUCUCUCCCAUGUCCGUUCUUCCUUUCCCCGUUCCAUGCUUCUCUCUCCCAUGUCCGUUCUUCCUUUCCCCGUUCCAUGCUUCUCUCUCCCAUGUCCGUUCUUCCUUUCCCCGUUCCAUGCUUCUCUCUCCCAUGUCCGUUCUUCCUUUCCCCGUUCCAUGCUUCUCUCUCCCAUGUCCGUUCUUCCUUUCCCCGUUCCAUGCUUCUCUCUCCCAUGUCCGUUCUUCCUUUCCCCGUUCCAUGCUUCUCUCUCCCAUGUCCGUUCUUCCUUUCCCCGUUCCAUGCUUCUCUCUCCCAUGUCCGUUCUUCCUUUCCCCGUUCCAUGCUUCUCUCUCCCAUGUCCGUUCUUCCUUUCCCCGUUCCAUGCUUCUCUCUCCCAUGUCUGUUCUUCCUUUCCCCGUUCCAUGCUUCUCUCUCCCAUGUCCGUUCUUCCUUUCCCCGUUCCAUGCUUCUCUCUCCCAUGUCCGUUCUUCCUUUCCCCGUUCCAUGCUUCUCUCUCCCAUGUCCGUUCUUCCUUUCCCCGUUCCAUGCUUCUCUCUCCCAUGUGCGUUCUUCCUUUCCCCGUUCCAUGCUUCUCUCUCCCAUGUGCGUUCUUCCUUUCCCCGUUCCAUGCUUCUCUCUCCCAUGUGCUUACUGCCUCGCAUGUCCGUUCUCCUUACCCCUUUCCAUGCCUUUAUCUCCCAUGUGCAUCAUCCCUACCACCCAUGUUUCUGCCUCCCACAUGCGUCACCUCAACCCCUACCCACCAGUUUCUUCCUCCCAUGUGCCUCACCCCUACCCCCCAUGCUUCUCUCUCCCAUGUGCGUCACCCGUAUCCCCCAAUGUGCAUGCCCCCUUGCCAUCUCGAACGAGCGUUUUCUCUUCGUCACUCUCUCCUCCUGCCCCCAUUCACGUCACCCCACCUCACUCUCAUGCCAGCACCCAUAACAUUAUUGCUCAUUUCGGCACCCAAUUCUUUUGCAAUUUCCGCCAUCUACCAGCUCACUUCUGGAAUCCCCAAGGGCACCAUCACCCACCGCAUUGUGGCGCUUCUUCACUCCCUCUAUUGCAUCCUCGUCACCACCUGCAUGGCCAGCCCCUUCGCCACGUCCCGUCCCACGCGAUCUGCUUGCGCCGCGGCAGCCACUCCCGUCCGUGCGAUGGCGGACGGCGCCGGAUCUGAGCCGUCCGGGAGCAUCAUCAGCGGCAAGUGCUUCGUGCUGGAGGACAACAUCGACACGGAUCAGAUCAUCCCCGCCGAGUACCUAACCCUCGUGCCGUCCAACCCCGACGAGUACGAGAAGCUCGGGAGCUACGCGAUGGCGGGGCUGCCCAAGAAGCACACGCUGCGGUACGUGCAGAAGGGGCAGAUGAAGACAAAAUACGCCAUCAUCAUCGGCGGGGCUAACUUCGGCUGCGGGUCGUCGCGCGAGCACGCGCCCGUUGCGCUCGGCGCGGCGGGCUGCCGCGCGGUGGUGGCGGAGUCGUACGCGCGGAUCUUCUUCCGCAACUGCGUCGCGACGGGGGAGCUCUAG